UUUCGCAAAUCUCGGAAGUCUUCAAUCCAAUCAGAGGAUUUUGCCGCUGGGCUGUCAAAAUUGUGUUCCUGAGUCACUUCCUUGUUUAUCAAACAAUUGUCCGUUAAUUGCAAUUAUGGAUACAAUUUCCGCUGCAUAUUUUGCAUCUAUAAAUCCCCUUACACGUAAAAUUGUUCAGGAAACGCAAAUGGUCAAAUCACUCUUCUCUGAAAAAUGGGAAACUUUUGAUGAAAAAAGACAAGAUCACAUUCUUGAUGAUUAUUUUGUCCAUCCAGAUGUUCGCGAGAGAUAUAAAGAUUGUGGUAAAGGGGACAAUUACCCAAUAUCUUAUCCAGUCCUCAAGGUUCAGAUGGGGGAAAAGAUUGUUGUUGAUGAAACAAAUGAUUUUUGGACAUGGCAAGAUGAAUUUUCUGGACCAUUUUCUUGGAAAACUAAGAGUCAACAAGAUCUUACCUUAUUAGACCUGGAACCAGAGCAGAUGACAAGACAAUCCAAAACAAGAAGACGAAGCUCCAGAGAUUUGUCCGAGGAAGCAUCACGAGAAGCCCCAAAAGAAUUUGAAGUAAUGGAACCAGGAAAAAGUUUGUGGAACUCUGAAUUCAAAAACCUAAAAGAUGUUGUCUUAACCAAAGCACACAAUGAAAAGGCUGAUAUCGAAAAUCUCCUACCUCAGAAAAAAUUAAACACAAAGAAUGAUAAUUCGCCAGAAGAAAUUAAUUAUGCAUUUAAUAGAGAUAGCUUUAUUGAAACUGAUGAACAAAAAGGUGGAAAUGGUAAAACAGAUUCAAGUUACUAUUCAAAUUACACCGAAAAGAGACCUGCAGAACAAGCAAUAGCAUCAAAUGGAUCUGUUUCUAAAAGAAAACAUGAUAUUGAAAUGUCUGUAUUUGAAAAUCCAAUGAUUUCACAUGUGGUUGAGGACGAGGAUAGCUUAAGUAGUGCAACCACUUCGCCAUCACAUCGGCCUUUAUUGAAAGGUUUUAAUGCUGAUGGGUCUCCUUCAAGAAAACCAUUAUUGAAAGGAGACAGCCAGGAAAGUUAUAGUUCUGGAAAAUCUCAGUUGUACGAACCGCCAGCACAAAGUAUUGAUCAUGAAGACAGAUUGGAUGGUAGAACAAACGACAAGUCGCAUCUAGUUUCUAAUGUGGAUUAUGAAGAUACUGAAUUGAUAGCAGUAGAUAUGAACAAGGGCUCAUACUCACUAAAUGAUUCACAUGGUUCCAUGAGUUCACUUAAUCUUCAAAAGACUGGAUUUGAUUUUCUUGACGAAUGGUAGAAGGACACUCCCUUAGAAAAACAAAGGAGAAGGAUCAGAAAUGUUAUGAUUGAAAAAAAUCUAUAUUAUUGUGAUAUUUGCAACUGGUCAAACUUUGCAUGUUUUUACUCUGUUAUCUUACAGAGAAGAAAUUAUUACACCUUACACAUUGUUUUAACUGUUCAGAUAUAUUGUGUAAUUUGAAAAAAGAGAACGUAAAAAAAAAUGUGAUGGCAUGAGAAAUUAAUUGCUGUAUGAGAAUUUCACCAGAGUUUCAUUGGCAAUUUUACAUUUUUCAUGUUCAUUUACCAAAAAUUAAGAGGUAAUAUUUUACCACUUGUGUUCAGCCAAAUAGUAGUUUAUAAUUAGUUAGCAUUUUUAAAAUAACAAUAACUGGUUAGAAUGAAGCUUCAUUUUUAUUUCGAGGGGGUCCAGUUGUUUUAGUAGUUCAUCUACAGUAAUCACUAGCCUCUCUACUCUGAGGUUGUGUGUUCAAAACCCCUGUAAAAUAAGCUAAUACAUUGUAGAUUUCAAAAUUAUAUUACGGUAUAUUGAUGUUUGACAAGGAUUUGCAUAAAAUGAUGGGCAGACUGCAAUUAACUUUAAACUGGAAUUUUAUAUCCAAAAAAAGAACAUUCAUGACUGCACAUGCGCUCCAUUACAAUGUUACAACAAUGCAUAUAUAGGCAUAUUUAAAAAAAAUAAACAAGAAGCUUGAUUUACUUAUAAGUUUCAUUAAAUGUAGUUAUAAGAAUGAAAUAAUUAUUUGAUUGUAAAAGUGUUGAUUGUAUAAACACUUUUUGGUAUGAAUAGCAGUUGAUGAUUUUACACCCAAACAAAUAUGCAAAAAGAAGCAUUAAGUUUACUAGACAUAUUUAAAAAUCUUCCCAUCUUUAAUCUCAGUACAUAUUUUCUUGUCGCAAUAAUCUUGGUGGUAUUAUCUUAAUAUAUUUUAUUGUUUAUUAUUGAAUGUUUUUAGUUCGAGUACCCAAAUUUUAAAGUUGUGCUUGUAAAAUCAAAUUUGUAGGUAUUUUCCAAUGCAAUGGUAAUUAUUCUAAAUGAAAAGAAUUUUAUUUGAAUACCUAGCAAGAACUAUUCUCAUGGUAUUUUGUGAAGUAUUGGAUUAAUACGUAUACAUAGAAUGAUAUAUUUAUUUAUUUACAUGUAUAUUAAAAUUGUACUCUUUGUUGAUGUUUAUUUUUGUUAAAGAGGAAAGUUGUAGUGGAGGGGUUACUUGUUAUCUGCAUCUCAAUGAACAAACCACUAGGCCAGUUUAAAUCAAAUGUUAAGUGUGCAAUUACAUAGAUGAUGUGUUUUUUUAUAUAUCAAAUAUUUUUCAUGUAAUUUAUAGGUUGUAUAUUUGUUUAUUAUUUUUAUACAUGUAGUUUGUUAUUAUGUCUCAGUAUAUAUACACAAUAAAUAUUUCAAUAAACAUAAACUUAAA